AUGAAGAAAGCUUCGGCCAACACCUGGGAUGACGAUUGCGAAGCAGCAUUUCGAGAAAUUAAGGGUAUCCUCACCCAGCCCCCGAUCAUGAACCGGCCCGCUCCAGGGGAAGAGAUGCAAGUUUAUCUGGGUAUAUCUGACGCCUCCAUACUGAGAAAGCCCGACUUGGCUGGAAGAAUGGUCGGGUGGGCAGUUGAGCUGUCUGAAUUUGGCAUAAGGUAUGAACCGAGAGGAUCUGUGAAGGGACAACAUUUGGCUGACUUUGCCGCAGAAAUACCUUUAACUGGCCAGGAUGAGCAGACACUGUAUGUUGAUGGUGCAUCAGGCUGGACGGUCAACGGAGCGGGUGUGGUCCUAGAGGGACCAAACGAAUUCUUUAUGGAACAUUCCUUGAUUUUCAAGUUCAAAGCGUCGAAUAACCAGGCGGAGUAUGAGGCGUUGUUGGCUGGCUUGCAAUUGGCCAAGGACGUGGGAGCCCGCAAGGUGAUAUGCCAAACUAACUCACAACUGGUGGUGGGUCAAAUGAACGGUGAUUUUCAGCGUGCAAAUCCAGCACAUCCCCGGGAGCAAAAUGCACGGGCGGACCUCCUGUCCAAACUCAGCACGGGCAAGGAGAAAGGGCAGUUGACGACCAUCAUCCGCCAAGUUCUUCUACAACCUUCCGUCGAAUGUCAAGCAAUCACGACGGACGACGCUACCGAUUGGAGGACGGAGGUUCGAAAGCUGAUCAGCAUGCAAGACCGCAGUGACAGCAUGCGCCCAGCCGACACAAAGAAGAUUGCCAGAUUCACGAUGGUCGGCAGUGACCUCUACCGUCGGGGUUUCUCGUCACCCUUGCUCAAAUGCUUGGCAGGGGACGAAAUGCAAUAUGUAAUGAAUGAGUUACAUCACGGAGUUUGUGGCUUCCACACCGGGGGACGAACGCUCAAGGCUAGAAUACUACGUGCAAGAUAUUACUGGCCGACAAUGGAGAACGAUGCCAUGCAAUUUACGCGUCGAUGCAUUCAAUGUCAGGCUCACGUCAACAACCACCACGCUUCGCCGCAUAUACUCCAUACCAUCGUCUCCCCGUGGCCGUUCGCUCAAUGGGGAAUGGAUAUUGUUGGACCCUUCCCCCCGGGAACCAGUCAACGUAAAUUUCUGCUAGUGGCCGUCGACUACUUUACCAAGUGGGUAGAGGCGGAAGCUCUGGCCACCAUUACAGCCUCUCAGGUUCAGAAGUUUUUCUGGAAGCUUAUCUGCAGGUUCGACUUACUCCGGACAGUCGUGACCGAUAAUGGGAGGCAAUUUAUUGACCAGAAGUUGGAGGAAUUUUUUGAAGGCUUGGGCAUAAAGCAUGCCACGAGCUCAGUUGAACAUCCGCAGACCAACGGUCAGGCCGAAGCAGUGAACAAGGCCAUCGUGGCGGAGCUCAAGCGGCGCCUGGGAGAUAAGAAAGGAGCUUGGGUGGACGAGUUCCCCGAAGUCCUGUGGGCAUACCGAUGUACCCCGCACAGCAUGACCGGCGAAACACCAUUUAAUUUGACAUACGGGACUGACGCCAUGUUACCCGUAGAGUUGGGCGAACCUUCCCUCCGUCGGAAUAUGGAAGAUCUACAGUUGAAUGACCAAGAGUUAAGAGUAGAGCUCGACACGAUCGACGAACGGCGUGACCGGGCGGUGUUGAGAGCCGAAGCAUGUCGACGCAUGGUGGAAAGGAAAUAUAAUACGAAGGUCCGACCACGGAGGUUCCAGGAGGGGGACCUCGUCUGGAGGAAAACCGGAGAAGCACGUCGCGUAGCAACACACGACAAGUUCGCCGUUAAGUGGGAAGUCCCCUUCAAGGUUGUAGAAGCUUUAGGCAAUGGCGCAUACCGUCUCACUAGAUUGGACGGUCGCCACAUCACCAAUACUUGGAAUGCGUCUCAUCUUAAACUCUAUUUCAGUUAA